AAUACAAACAGAACAUCCAAUUCUCGUGGCAGGAGGACGCUUCUGAGCCUUUAAAAGAAGAACUUUGCCAGAAUCAGUCUUCACUCCAGAUGUGCAGCACCAUGAGGGCCCUGGUGCCUCUGCUGUCCCUGUUCCUGCUGGGUGGCCAGGCGCAGCAUGGGUCCGAUUGGACCUACUCAGAAGGAGCACUGGAUGAGGCGCACUGGCCGAAGCACUACCCCCACUGCGGGGGCCGGAGACAGUCACCCAUUGACCUACAGAGGACGAAGGUGCGGUACAACCCGGCCCUGAAGGGGCUCAACCUGACAGGCUACGAGUCACAGGUGGGCGAGUUCCCCAUGGUCAACAAUGGCCACACAGUGCAGAUCAGCCUGCCCGACACCAUGCGCAUAACAGACGCCAAUGGCACCGUGUACAUAGCCCAGCAGAUGCACUUUCACUGGGGUGGAGCAUCCUCGGACAUCAGCGGCUCUGAGCACACUGUGGACGGGAUCAGACACGUGAUUGAGAUUCACGUUGUUCACUACAAUUCCAAAUACCAGAGCUAUGAGACAGCCCAAGACGCGCAGGACGGCUUGGCUGUACUGGCAGCCUUCAUUGAGGUGAAGGAUUACCCUGAAAAUACUUACUACAGCAACUUCAUUUCUCAUCUGGCCAACAUCAAGUACCCAGGACAAAGCACAACUCUGACUGGCCUUGACGUUCAGGACAUGCUGCCCGAGAACCUCCAGCACUACUACAGCUACCAGGGCUCGCUCACCACUCCGCCCUGCACCGAGAACGUCCACUGGUUUGUGCUGGCAGAUUUCGUCAAGCUCUCCAGGAUGCAGGUUUGGAAGCUGGAGAACUCCUUACUGGAUCACCAAAACAAGACCAUCCAGAAUGAUUACCGCAGGACCCAGCCCCUGAACCACAGAGUAGUGGAAUCCAACUUCGUGUACCUCCCAAGUCAGGGUGAGGGGCACUGGGCAUCCCAGAAGAGACCAAAGUCCAAGAAUACAACCCUCCUCAACAUGCCACGCUUGGCUCCGGGCGGCUUAGAAGCCUGAGUUCAAACACAGUGAAGAUACUUAAAGCCAAUGCAGUGGGCACAUGGAGAGUAUUCUAAGGAAUCAAAAGACUUCCCCAAAAUACGAUGCUGGUAUGGUGUCUGGCCAUCCCCCUUCUGUUUUUGUGCGGACUGUACAAGAUUUAACCAUUUCCAACUAACUCUUCGGUUUAUGGAAUAUACUCUAGGCUCUGAAUUCCAGUUUUACCUACAUAAGAUUGAGAAAGAUCUUGAGUACUUAAGAAGAGCACUG